AUGGCUGCACCUCUUCGUCUACGCCUUGUAUUUCUAGAACGUGAGGACCUAUGGAUUUUUGAACAGAAUUAUUUCCUAGCCACUAAAGCAGCUGCUGGAAUAAAUGAACUCACACCGGUGAGUCGCGAGGCAAAAGGUGAAGAGGUAGAGUACCCAGAAAGCUGGUGUUUAGAAUUUUGGGGGACAGUCAGCGAUAUUAUGAAGCAAAUUCCUCAUGAUCAUCCAUUACAAGAUAAAAUGGUUGAGACCAUCAAAGAACUGGAAGAUUUGCCGGGAGUGGAAGUUACGUUUUAUGAAACGGUAUUGGGGGUCAAGCGGUCAUGUUCAGAUUCACAACUGACUUGUUUAUCCUUUUAUGCAGGCAACAACGCGAAUUUGGACAGAUCUUCCACGUUUGAUAGAAGUAUAAAUUGGCAGGCAUUUUCAGCCCGAGUCCUUCAGGCUAGCUUGGCAGACUGGUUUCAUUUGACGAACUGGUGCUUCCGUGACGCACUCAAAGAGGAGCCCCUUCAACCAAAGGAAUUCGUGGGAUGCCGAAUCUGCGUUGCCGUGCAGUGGAUCCGGCAUUCUGGUGAAACAAUAUUUCACUCCAUUGAUAAUAUACCUUACUUGAGGGACCUGAGACCUGGCCCACCCCAAGAGAUAGGACUUUUUGGGAAGCAAGAUUCCGUGUCUUAG